UAUACGCGGAUUGCAUCAUUAUUCACUACUUUGAAGCACCCUUUCAUAUUCUUCUUUCUAUAAAAAGCAACAUAAACACUCCUUUCCAUAAAUAAAUGGAACUUUCAUGUUAGAUUGUUUGUAUCCCCAUCUAUCUUUUUUGGGGAUUUAUUAAAACAAGCUAAUUUCACAUUCAAAUAGAAAAAAAAAAGGUUGCAUAUAUAUUUCAAUUACACAAAAUAAAAUAAAAAUGGUACGACCAAUAGAAUUAUUCAUGUACAUAUCUUUAUUUUUCACGAAUUUUUUGUGUACCAAAUGUAUUUCACCACCACCUCUUGUUCCUGCACUUUAUAUUUUUGGUGAUUCAAUUUUUGAUAGUGGAAACAAUAACUUGUUGCCUACAUUGGCUAAGGCUAAUUACCCUCCGUAUGGCCACGAAUUUCCUGGAGGUAUACCUACUGGAAGAUUCACUAAUGGCAAAACCGUUGUCGAUUUCAUAGCUGAUUAUCUUGGACUGCCAUAUCCUCCACCUCGAAUUGCUAGUUUAUCAACACUGCUAAGAUCAAAGUCGUAUAUGGGGUAUAACUAUGCCUCUGGAUCUUGUGGAAUUCUUAUUGAAACUGGAAAGUUUAUUGGCGAGUGUUUGAAUUUGGAUGAACAAAUGGUAAUGUUUGAAGAAACCGUGAAAAAACUGUCACGCUCAAAGUUCAAAACCUCAACGGAGCUAUCCCAACACAUGGCCAAGUCCAUUUUCAUUUUCUCCGUUGGAAAUAAUGAUUACAUCAACACUUAUUUUGGCAUUUUAAACACAAGAUUGCAGUAUAAUCCUCAACAAUUUGCACAACUCCUUACUAAGAAAUUAUCAUUAAAAUUAAAGAAAUUAUACGAUUUAGGAGCGAGGAAGAUUGUUGUUUUCGAGCUAGGUCCAAUUGGUUGCAUUCCAUCAAUUGUUAGGAAGGCCAAGUUAAAUGAUAAAUGUGAUGAAAAUAAAAAUGAAAUCGUUAAAAUGUUCAACACUCAACUUGCAGUAUUGCUCAAGAGUUUAACUUCUACUCUUCAAGACUCACACUUUAUUAUUGGAAAAGCACAUGGAUUAGGGUAUGAUGCUGUCAUCAAUCCCACAAAAUAUGGGUUAAGCGACAGUAGCAAUUCAUGUUGCGACUCGUGGAUAAAUGGUACAUUGUCGUGCAAACCGGGGAGAACACCAUGCUCAAAUCCCGAUGAACAUUACUUUUGGGAUGGUUAUCAUCCAACUCAAGCAACUUAUUCUGUAAUUGCAUCUCAUUGUAUCAAUGGCUCUGAUGUUUGCGUGCCUAUGAAUAUUCAACAGCUUGUUCAAGUUUUAAACUCAUUUGCUUGCAUGGAGUCCUAAUGCAUGGACAAUUACGUCAACAUUGAUAGAUAUAACGAUUAUUGACACAUUUAUUAUUAUUUGAUUUAUUGCGUCAAUAUUAAUAUUGUACUCUCUACUCUGUAAUAUGCCAUAAAUUG